AGAGUUCAACGGCAAGCUUACGAGAUGCCGCCGAAGGGGAAAAGUGGUUCUGGAAAAGAGGGGAAAGGAGGUGCAGCCUCUGGGAGUGACAGUGCUGACAAGAAGGCUCAGGGCCCUAUAGGUGGUGGCGAUGCAGUAAAGGUCAGACACAUUCUGUGUGAAAAACAUGGCAAAAUCAUGGAAGCCAUGGAAAAGUUAAAAUCUGGAAUGAGAUUCAGUGAAGUGGCUACACAAUACAGUGAAGAUAAAGCCAGGCAAGGGGGUGACUUGGGAUGGAUGACCAGAGGAUCCAUGGUAGGACCAUUUCAAGAAGCUGCAUUUGCCUUGCCUGUAAGUGGGAUGGAUAAACCUGUGUUUACAGACCUACCUGUUAAGACAAAAUUUGGAUAUCAUAUUAUUAUGGUUGAAGGGAGAAAAUAAAAUCACAUGAAAGACUGA